AUGGGAGUCGAAGAACAACUCCAGGAGAUAGAGGUCUUACAAUCCAUUUACCCCGACGAGCUUGCCCGUGCGGUGCUUUCCUUCCCCCAUACUUGUUGCUGGGAGAAACGUUUCUAAAAAUUGACAGAGACGUCCGACACUUCGUAUACUAUUCGUCUAGUCCUUGAGCCGCCUAAUAUUCCUGGCUACGAUCAUGAACCUCGUCCGUUACUCAUACCCUCCAUACCUCUCCUCCUCUAGGGAAUUUACUAACUAUCACACUCAUAGCCAUCCUAAUACUCCACGUCGAAUACCCCCCAACAUACCCCGAUGUCCCCCCCGCUCUCGAUCUAACCCUUGAUGCCAACUCCCCAUCCUCAAGCAUCUCGUUCCCAGAUGACAAGAACGCCCUCUUAUCUGCGCUCUCCCCCACCAUUGACGAAAACCUCGGCAUGGAAAUGAUCUUCACACUCACCACCACUCUGAAGGAGUCCGCGGAGGAGAUGCUCAAUACCCGCGCUCAGGAGAAGGAGAAUAAGCGAGAAGAGGAGCUUCGGAAAGAGGAGGAGAAGGAGAUGGAGAAGUUUAGGGGAACCUUGGUCACGAGUGAGAGGUUUAUGGAGUGGAGGGAUAAAUUCUUUGCUGAGAUGGAGGAGAAUAAGCGGAGAGAGAAGGAGAAGGAGGAUGAAGAGAAGAACAAGAGGGGUGGUGGCGGAGGAAGCGCGGUUAAGGAGAAGAGGAUGACCGGUAAGGGCCACUUUUACAUAUUCCCUUUACAGGAAACGCCCUAUGUGGAGGAACUAGUUUUACUUAUGAAUGUAUUGAACCCCAACAGGCAGAGAACUCUACGAGAAAGGCCUCGUCGGCAACAUCGACGACGACGAAGCUGAAGAUGGAGAAGUAGCCGAUCUAUCACAAUUGAAAAUAAAGGAGUAAAGAGUCUCCAUAGCCUUUUUUUUUUCCUUUAAAAAAAAACAUCAUAAUUACCCCCCCCCCCCCCCGGUCGUGGAGUGAAAGAAACAAGCUGUGAUCGACUACCCAUUCUUCCACAUGUCACCCUCAUCAAGGUCGUCCCCGAGCCACUUUGUAGUAAACUUCGCGUCGACAACCUUCUCCCUGGCGGUCUCGGCCUCCUCCUGCGCGCGCUUGCUGGCCCAGUUCGGUAUCGGGGUGUUUUGCUGCGAGGCUGGCGGGGUUUGCUCCACGGGUGGUGAGUGCAGUGUGAGGUUCUCGGUCGGGUUUGAGAGGGCCGCGGGAGGUGUCGACGGGGUGCUGGAGGGGGAGUCUUGCAUUUGACUGUCUUCGCCGUCUGGGGGGUGGGGUGGUGGAUGUUAGCUGGAGUUUAAGUAGGAAUGGCUUGGAUUAUGGCCGAGGUGGGGUGGGGAGGGUACCGGAGAGGUUUGUCAUUUUGUUGAUUAUUUGAUUAGUUGAUUGGCUGUAGUAUUUGGGGGGAGGGGGGGAGUUCUGUCGGUGUGUGAGUUCUCGAGUAGGGUGGGUAGAGAG